AAAAAAUAUAUGAAUUAAUAAAUAUCGAUCAUUUUUUUCUUCACAAACAUCAUAUAAUCGAUUUCAAAAAUGACCCAAAAACUAGGCAUGCUCGAUAACCUUUGGCCAUUUUUUUUUUUACUGUUUGACUUACUCAAUUCGGUCAAACAGUAUAGAUAUAGGAUUGAAUACAAUGAACAAAAAAUCGUGUCCUAUUAUAAGUUGUAAACAUUUUUCAUUGUUUUGAAGUGGUUUUUCCACUCGCUUUGCGAUGCAUUGCCCAAAAUGCUAUUUGAUUUGAGCAUAAUAAGAGAGUUGAACUUGAACGAACAAUUCAGACUUAUGCACAGUUAUGUUAUUUAUACAGUUAAUCACAUGAAUGAGUUGAAAUAUUUUGUUUUGACCAUUUUAUAUGUUUGUUUAAUGUUUAAUGUCCAAAUAUUGUGAUCAAUCAUCAUUAAUUUUAUUUCUGAUUUUUCAGCUUUCAAAUCGAUAUCGUUAUAAUAUUUAUCGGGACAUUAUGAUCAUCACUUAAAGAUCUAUAUUAAUGUGGAUGGAUGGAUAUUCAAUCAAAUCAACAGCAACAACGAUCAUCGGUGGCUACAAGGAAUCCUUGUUCAUUGAGCGAUGCUUUACAUCAUGUGGAUCGAAAUUUGGUUUAUGAUCCAGUAACGAAAAAAUUAUGUCUUAAAAAUUGUAAUGAAAAUCCAUCCAAUGGUACAACCAAAAUACAUACGAAUAGUUGCUCAACAGCGAAAACAUUCUAUCAUGAUGAUCUCAAAGAUAAUGAUGAAAAAUGUGCCAACUAUAUGAUCAAAGAUAAUGUGGAAGAUCAUCAGAGUGAAAUAGAUUCAAUGAUUAAUAUGGCCAAACAUCUUAACCUAUAUGAUGUAAACAUAUAUGGCGAAUAUAAACAUGAUAUCACUAAUGGAACCAAUGUUUGCGUUAAAAGACCACAAAAUCUUCCACCAAAAAGUAAAGAUGAAGAACGAAAACACCGCGAACAAUUUCUAGAGAUAUUACUACAUGCUCAAACAAAAGAUUUACAACGAAAAAAAUUACGAAAAGACUUUGUGAAAAGAAAGGCUCAACAAGAAGAUGAAAUCCAAAAAGCAAUCAAAAUUUGGACUGAAGAAAUAUUGCCUUGUUGGCAUCAAUCACUCAUUACUAAACGUGUACAAAAUCUAUGGUGGAAUGGCAUUCCUUCAUCGAUUCGGCCAAAAGUUUGGAAUCUGGUUAUUGGUAACGAUUUGCACAUAACUGAACAAUUAUUCCAUAUUUGUCUAAGUCGAUCGAGAGAAAAAAUUUGGGUACGGCAAUUUAUUUCAAGAAAAUGUUCCAAUCCUUUAUCACCGAUGACUUCAUGUAAUCAUAAAACACAUAGACGAUCCGCUUCGCAUUCGUCCGAAGUUUCUUCCUGUCCAUCAUCAUCUGAUCAGAGUAUUAUCACCGAUAAAGCCAAAGAUAGCGAUGAUGAUGAUGGUGAAAAUAUUGCCUUUUUAAUCAAAUUGGAUGUUUUACGAACAUUUCCACAAUUGGGUCUUUUUCAGGAAACGGGUCCAUAUCACAAAUCUUUGUGUGACGUUCUAUCUGCUUAUGUUGUUUAUCGGCCAGAUAUUGGAUACUGUCAAGGAAUGUCAUUUUUAGCUGCAAUGUUAUUAUUGAAUUCACAAUCUACAUUCUCAGCGUUUACUUCUUUAGCAAAUCUUCUUAACAAUGAACUUUUAAUGGUAUUCUAUGGUCUCAAUCAAAAUAAGAUGCGUAUCAUCUACUCAUAUUACGAUCGACAAUUUCAUUCGUUAUUACCAGAUUUAGCAAGUCAUUUCGUCAACAUUGGGUUGACAACAGAUUUGUUUUUUAUGUAUCAGGUCUAUACAUUAUUUGCCCGGUCAUUGUCGUUAGAUUGUGUGAGCCGUGUAUGGGACAUAUUUUUGCGAGAUGGUAAUGAAUUCAUAUUUCGAGCUUCCCUAGGAUUAUUGUCCAUGUUCAAGAAUGAACUUAUCAAACUAGAAUUCAUUGAUUCGGCUCGAUUUCUUUCCAAUUUACCCGAAGAUAUGGAUAUGGAAAAAUAUUUCGAAAUUAUUGCCUCAAUCAAAUUGGUGCCACCAAAAUUGUCUACAUUGUUAGCUACCGACGUAAUUAAUCAGACAAUCAUAAUAACUAAUGAUUCAAAUACUGCUAAAUCCCGUUACUCUUUAUUUGUGAACAAAAUUUGGCGAUUUUGAAUAAUUGAUUUUUAUUUUUUACCAUUUAAAAAAAAAAAAUUCAAUUCAU